AUGGACUGUGAAUUGGAACAACCUGAAGUAGGACCGUCGACACUCCACUGCUCGAGUACAGCCUCACCAGAGAUAAUGGCAUUGGCUCAGUGCUGGCUGGCGCGCUGCCUUGAAAAAGACAAGGAUACCUGCCCAACGUCAUCCGAGUUUCUGCCUUCCAGGCUCGUUCAAAUCACCACUGCAGGGGGCAUGGUACAAUCAGCUCGUCUAGUUCUCCAAGAUGAACUGCCCAGACCCACGCAGUACCUGACACUCUCGCACUGCUGGGGUAAAGUUCAGGUGGCAGUUCUAUUACGGAGUACCUAUCAAGCCUUCCGCUCGGAUAUUCCACUGUCGAUUCUGUCCAAAACCUUCCGAGAUGCCCUCCAAGUUACGGCCUCGCUUGGAUAUAAAUAUAUCUGGAUCGAUUCUCUGUGUAUACAGCAAGACUCUGACUGGGACUGGGCAAAAGAAGCAGCGACGAUGGGUGACGUUUAUCGGCAAUCUACAUGCACUUUAGCUGCAACCGGUGCCGAGGACGGUAGUGGAGGGCUGUUUUUUGAGAGGUCUGCUUUGGCCAUUACACCCUGCCCUCUCUUCAGACGGCAAGACGAAAUGCCCCUCUACGCUAGUCCUCGUCGCAGUUGGCCCGAACCUUUGAACAAAAGAGCAUGGGCGGUACAAGAACGCUAUCUAUCCCCAAGAACUCUCAGUUUUGGCACUGAUAAAGUUUCUUGGACCUGCAGAUAUGGCGAGUGCUGCGAAGGACCCAAUGCUCACCACAUGAAGCUAGGUCAUAAUGCUUUCUCCAAAUUACUGGAUGACAGAGUGGACGAGAAUAGCGCUUCCGAUGCAUGGGAAGCUAUCGUGCAGUCCUACUCAAGUUGCAAGGUGACGUUCUGGAAAGACAGGUGGCCCGCCUUUCAGGGUCUCGCCAGCCAAGUUUCAACGGCGCAAGAUUGGCAGAUUGUCCACGGUCUGCGCCACCACCUGCUUGGAUCAACAGAAUUGCUCUGGAAAGUCACAUCGCGAGGGCCAGGGACUAUAGACUGCAGGGAGCCAUCUUGGAGCUGGCUGAACAUUAAAGGUGGGAUUGAGCUCUUUUGGGCCGCGUUCAAACACUGUGACGCCGACGUUACCGUGGAAGACUCGUCAACAUCAUCGACAUCAACGGAUGGGCCAACCACCAUCCUCCGGGUCACAGCCUGCAUGGCCGAGUUCAAAUCUGGCUUUGUCGGAAGCGAACUCCACGUAAGUUGCAGCCUGACCGUGUCGAACUCUUCCUACCAUUCUGAGUCGUCUGAUCGCUUUUCGCACGGCUUGUGGUGCCCUGAUACCUUACCCGUCUGCGAAGGCCCCCUCUGGGCUAUUCAGAUCCUCGGAGGCCAUGAAUCAUAUAAGGCGAGCGGCACAUACGAUUCUUUCGGAAUCGUUGUUGUCGCUGUAGAGGGACGACCAGGGUUCUGGAGGAGAGUGGGAUGGUACACUAAUACGUCGAACUAUAAUUUUGAUGAAGGCAAGGCGUGCCCGUUUGGAAGGAAGAAGAGCACGAUUUUCCUCAUCUGA